CAUGCACGCGGCGGAGAAACAUGAAGGUGAACGUUCGCCGUUACAUCAUCCACGCAAACUAGAACUAUGCCACGCUCCCCUCUCUACCACCACCACUGCCGCCACCAUGGCUGCCGUUUUCAAGAUUGUCCCCACCACCCAAAUGUAUGACUGGGGAAAGACGGGGAAGAGCUCGAAGGUCGCGCAGUUUGCAGACUCGUCGCGUGUUCCAGGUUUCACCAUCGAUGAGGCAUCGCCGUAUGCUGAGCUGUGGAUGGGCACUCACCCGAAAUCACCAUCCUAUGUCCAAUCAUCGGGCACCACUCUGUCAGAACAUCUCGCCGCCCAUCCAGAGCUCAUUGGGAAACCCGUUAUCGACAAGUUUGACGCUGGCAACGGAAAUCUGCCAUUCCUCUUCAAAGUUCUUUCCAUCGAGAAGGCCUUGAGCAUCCAAGCGCACCCCGACAAGGCGACGGCUGAGAUCCUCCAUGCGCAACAUCCCGACAUCUACAAGGACCCCAACCACAAGCCCGAGAUGGCGCUGGCCAUAACGCCCUUCUUGGCCCUAUGCGGUUUCCGCCCUCUGCCCGAGAUCGCGACCUACUUGAACGCGACACCUGAACUACGUUCACUCAUCCCACCCUCCAUCCUCGACGCCUUUCUCUCCCUAUCCAGUUCGUCAACGCCAACCGGCCCGGAUGAGAAGGUCGCAUUGAAGAACGUCUUCGCGUCGAUCAUGACAGCUGACGAAGAAUCAAUCAAGGGGCAACUUGGGAGGCUUGUUCAGCGGUACGGGAAGGGGGAGGCGCACAAAGAUGAGGAACCGGAGGUGGUCAAACUAGUGCUGAGACUGAAUGACCAGUUCCCGGGUGACGUUGGGAUAUUCUGUGCAUUUGUCCUGAACUAUGUGCGGCUGAGUCCUGGAGAGGCGAUCUUUCUCGGGGCGGGUGAACCUCAUGCAUACGUCUACGGAGAGUGCAUAGAGUGCAUGGCCAAUUCGGACAACGUUAUUCGCGCUGGUCUCACCCCGAAGCUCCGCGACGUCCCCAAUCUCGUCUCGGGACUGUCAUAUUCCGCCGCUCCUCCUACGAAACACGUCGUCAAUCCUACUCCGUUUUCCUCGUUGUCUACGUUGUAUGACCCACCAAUACCGGAAUUUUCCGUCGUCCAAGUCAAGCUUCCUGGUGGAAGAGCGAAGGAAGUACACAAGCCCCUGAAAGGCCCUAGUAUCGCUAUUGUCACGGAAGGUUCUGCUCGUGUCGCAUGGGACGGUGGCAAGGAGUUGAUGGAUUUAGGACUAGGAGAUGUGUUCUUUGUCGGAGCCAACUCGGAAGUAGAGUUCGAGAACAUGUCGCAGGAACAGCUGGUGUUAUAUCGCGCGUUCGUAGAGGCGUA